GUGGUUUCAUCCCAACAUCAGCGGAAUUGAGGCAGAGAAGCUGCUCCUGACCAGGGGUGUCCAUGGCAGCUUUCUGGCUCGUCCCAGCAAGAGCAACCCGGGAGACUUCACCCUCUCUGUCAGAAGAAACGAUGAGGUCACGCACAUUAAGAUCCAGAACACGGGGGAUUACUAUGACCUGUACGGAGGCGAGAAGUUUGCCACGCUCGCAGAGCUGGUGCAGUACUACACCGAGCAGCAGGGCCUGCUGCGGGAGAAGAACAGCAACGUCAUCGAGCUGAAGUACCCUCUCAACUGCCAGGACCCCACCUCGGAGAGGUGGUACCACGGGCACCUCACGGGCAAGGAGGCGGAGAAGCUCCUCACGGAGAAAGGGAAACCAGGCAGCUUCCUGGUGCGAGAGAGCCAGAGCAAGCCAGGAGACUUUGUGCUGUCGGUGCUGACAAAUGAGGAUAAGAUGGAGACCGGGGAUCGG